UCAGGCGCCGGCCUCUUCCUCCCUGUUUCCCUGCAUCCUUUCCGCGGUGCGGUGCGCGCGGGAUUCCCACCCAUGGCCGGUGCGCGCGUGCUGGGCGAGAGCGGGGGCGGUGGGGGCGCCGCCGCCGCCGCGGCCCCCAUGGACUACUCGGUGCACGAGGCUUGGAACGAGGCCACCAACGUCUACCUGCUGGCGGUGCUGGCUAGCCUGGCCCUGCUGGUGUACGCGCGCAGAAAUAAAAGGAAGAUCAUGAGGAUUUUUACGCUACCUCCUGCUGUAGAAGUACCACCUGAGCCAAACUUUUAUGAUAGUGUGAAAAAAAUUCGUCUGCGACAGCAGCUAGAGAUGUACUCUAUCGCAAGGAAAUAUGAUCACCAGCAGCAACCUCAGAAGCAGACUGAUAGUGUACAGCUAUUGGUGGAAUGAAGUCUUUAAACUCUGAAGCUGAGAGGAUGACGGAAAGUUUGGGAUAUAGUCUUUUUCAAUGCGACUUGAAUAGUAUAUCAAUUUGUAUUCGUAAUUAUUGCCUUGAGAAGACGUAUGUAAAUGUACAACGAGCAUUUUCUGAAAUCGGGAAAAUUAACAUGGCUGAUACAUAUUGGUCCUGUUUUCCAGUUUGCAUUACAAAUGAUUUCCAGUAAGAGUUGAUAAAGUGAAAGCAGGACUGCUGGGACGUUCAGUGUGGGUAUCACAGCUAUUCCCAUUCAAAAGGGAUGAGAAAGGCACAUGACAUUUGAUGUGCCUCAGUGCAGUUAAUAAAGUAGUUGGUGCUGGCAGAGAACAGAAUAUAUAUUGAGAGGCUCACAAUAAAUACCAAAUGUCCUGUUUGGGUUAUAGAAUAUAGAUCAAGAGAUAAAAAUAUUAGAAUGUACAAAUUUUCCUUUUUGAACUGGUAAACAGUGGUAGAUAAAACAAGUAGUUAAGAAAGUCACUUAUUUUCAGGUGGAGGCUCCGCAGGGCAUGGAUAUUUUUUUUACCUGUUUUAAUUGUCUUCCUGGUGUUUUUUUAAAAAUCUUGUUAAGUUCCAUUGUUGUUGCAUCUGUUGUUGUUUUUAAGCCAGGAUACUCGCAGUUAAAAUGGCUUAGGACCAUUGAACUCAAUGGAAUUAAGCUGUUUGAAGUUUAGGCAGUUGUGGCUAAUUAGGUGGUCCUAAUUAGAACUAAAAUAAACUUAAAAUGUUUUUGGGAAAAUGCCUAUUUGACUAAGUCAGUAGCAAAGCUGCAAUUCUUUAUGGGCUGGGGGAGCAUGUUUUCUUCUUGGGUUGUUAAAUGGCACUUUAAUGAGGCACUAUUACAAAGAGGGUUACAUAGCUGGAGCACAAGGUAAUAAAAAUGUUCUUAGCGAUUACAGCUAGAACUGCUUGGAAUCCAGAUCCACCUUUAAUGGUCAGUUAUAAAUGUAUUUGCAAAUAUGUCAGACAUAACUGAUUAUGGUGGAAUUGUGGAGUGAUUAGGUGAUGCAAAUAAUUUAUAUGUAGGUGCUCAUAAAUACUUGAAGAAAUGUGAGAUAAUUGUUCUAGGCACAUUUGAAAACAUAAACGUGAUGAAUUAAACAAUGAAUUCCAUCCCUAAGUAGGCGGCGACUUUCCAAUUUUGGUUAAAAAUAAAAAGAGAAGAUUUACAAAUUUCUGUCUAAUGUUAAAUAGCCAUUUCUGUCUAGUGUUAAAUAUAAAACUACAUGGUAUUAUUGUAAUAUAUCACUUCAAUUGGACUGUCUGGUACUCUUGUGCCCUGGGUAGCAGCUGUAAACUUGCCCUUGCAAAAUGCUUCCGUACUUUCAGUGUAUAAAAUGUUUUUGUAUUUUAUUUUUAACAGUAAAAUGCAUUUAAAGUUGGG